GCUCUGAAGAGAUUGCUUUCUAGUUAAAGAUGGCUGCUGAUACCUCUGUUGAAAUACUUCAGAAAGUUCUGGAGAAUGAAAUACUUCAGACUACCAAGGUUGUGGAAGAACAUCUGGAUGCCGAAAUUCAGAAGCUGGACCAAAUGGAUGAAGAUGAAUUGGAAUGCCUUAAACAAAGGCGGCUUGAGGCACUGAAAAAGGCCCAGCAGCAGAAACAAGAGUGGCUUUCAAAAGGACAUGGAGAAUACAGAGAAAUCCCAAGUGAGAGAGACUUUUUCCAAGAAGUCAAAGAAAGUAAAAACGUGGUUUGCCAUUUCUACAGAGAUACAACUUUCAGGUGCCAAAUAAUGGACAAACACUUGACUCUAUUGGCAAAAAAGCAUGUUGAGACAAAAUUCUUGAAAUUAAAUGCUGAAAAAUCUCCUUUCUUGUGUGAGAGACUGCGCAUCAAAGUAAUUCCCACUCUAGCACUAGUAAAAGAUGGAAAAACACAAGACUAUGUUGUGGGCUUUACUGAUCUCGGUAACACUGAUGACUUUACUACAGAGACCUUAGAAUGGAGAUUAGGCUGUGCAGAUGUAAUUAAUUACAGUGGAAACUUGAUGGACCCACCUUUUCAAAGUCAAAAGAAAUUUGGAACAAGCUUUACGAAGUUGGAUAAGAAGACCAUCAGAGGAAAGAAAUAUGAUUCAGAUUCUGAUGAUGACUAGAACAACAACUAAAUGUAUUUGUAAAUCAUCUUUUGUUUAUGCUUGAUACAUUUCUAAGAAUGUUUUUUAUAAAGCUUACUGCUUUUCAUUACAUCUGCACAUAAUGCUCAUUUUUCUAGACAGUUUUAUACAACUGAGUCAUAGCAGAAAAAAGCUUAAAUAUUUUUUUUUUUUCCUCUUUUGGAAGUCAUUUGUAGUUCAAAAAUCAGAGUCCUUCUAACUAACUAACGUGGCAAAUGAACUUUGUCUUAAGUACAAGUUUAUGAAGUGUUUUGAAGUAACUGUUAGAAACAGCUGUACCAAGUCAGACCAAAGGUCCCUCUGGCCCAGUGUCCAGUCUCAGUGGCCAAAAGCAGAUGCACAAGGAGGAGUAACAGCAGGGUGAGCAGAUAGCAAUGCUUCCCCAGAAUAUGCUUUAAGCAAUCUGUGGCUUAGGGAACACUGUAUCUGAGAGCAUUUGCUGGUUAAAAUUGUGGAAGAAAAAUCUCCUUAAAUCCUCAGUGUCCUAGCGUCCACAUCAUAUGGCAAGGAGUCCACAGUUUGUGUUGUGUGAAGAACUAAUUCCUAUAGUUUUCCUUG